AUGAUCAUGAUCGCCAAACGGAGCCAUGGGUGGUGGAAAAUUCUCUUCGCAAAGAAGGGUCGAGCGCCGCUCGGGGCAAUCUAUUGCUUCAUGAUCGCCUGGUCGGGGUGUGUCGUCGCGUUUUUCAGGCACCACGUGGAUGUUACGCCCGACGUGGUGCUGGAGCCCUGGAUCGACAUGGGGGCAAUCCCGCUGUUGCUGAUCUUUGUGGGCCUGAUGCUUCUGGUGGUCUUCCGCACGCAGACUACCGACCUGAAGUGGAACCAGGCGAGGACCGCGUGGACCAGGGUCCACGCGUCGUGCUGGGCGCCCGCGCUCCAGUCCUGCGUCUACCUGAAAGGCCUGGACGCCGCCAGCUCGGUCUGCCAAUACCUUGUCGUGUUCGCGCUGUCGAUGCGGUCCUGGCUGAGGCGGGAGCCCCUCGCCGAGCACCUCGUGAGCAGCAGCCUGCCGACGCCCGAGGGCCUCGCGCACCUCCUCUUGCGCGCAGACGAGGCCCACCGAGCUGCAGACCCGCAUAUAUAUAUAUAUAUAUAUAUAUAUAUAUAUAUAUAUAUAUAG